AUGCGCCUCGCGCUGGCCGACGCGCUCGUGCCCUUCUACCCCAUGGCCGGCCGCCUCGCGCGCGACGAGGACGGCAGGGUCGAGAUCGACUGCAGCGGGGAGGGGGUGCUCUUCGUCGAGGCCGACGCCCCCGGCGCGGCCGUCGACGACUACGGGGACUUCGCGCCCACCAUGGACCUCAAGCGCCUCAUCCCCGCCGUCGACUACUCGGACGACAUAUCCUCCUUCCCGCUCCUCGUGCUUCAGAAUAUUAUUGCUUUGGGUGCACACAACUUGUCGGUGACCUACUUCAAGUGUGGUGGUGUCUCCCUUGGUGUCGGGAUGCAACACCAUGUUGCUGAUGGCAUGUCUGGCUUGCACUUCAUCAACUCGUGGUCUGACCUCUGCCGUGGAGCUAAGAUUGCAGUGAUGCCCUUCAUCGACCGCACUCUUGUCCGUGCUCGUGAUCCACCGACUCCAUCUUACCCACAUAUUGAGUAUCAGCCUGCCCCAGCCAUGUUGUCGUCCGUGCCUCAGGCUCUCAGUGGCAAGCCAACGCCGCCUCCCACUGCUGUGGACAUCUUCAAGCUCACCCGCUCAGAGCUUGGCUGCCUGCGCUCGCAGCUCCCCACAGGUGAAGGUGCGCCAAGGUUCAGCACGUAUGCAGUCUUAGCUGCACAUGUUUGGCGCUGCGUCUCCAUUGCGCGCAACCUUGCUCCUGAACAACCCACCAAGCUGUAUUGUGCCACCGAUGGGCGACAACGGCUGCAGCCCCCGCUGCCAGAAGGUUACUUUGGGAAUGUCAUCUUCACUGCCACCCCGCUCGCCGAGGCAGGCAAGGUGACGAGCGGGCUGGCAGAAGGAGCAGCGGUCAUCCAGGGAGCGCUAGACAGGAUGACCAGCGACUACUGCCAAUCAGCCCUGGACUACCUGGAGAUGCAGCCGGACCUGUCAGCAUUGGUCCGUGGAGCGCACACUUUCCGGUGCCCCAACCUCGGCCUCACCAGCUGGGUGCGCCUGCCGAUCCACGACGCCGAUUUCGGCUGGGGGCGGCCGGUGUUCAUGGGUCCUGGCGGCAUCGCGAGUUCAACGAAGUCCCACGUGCAGAUCAUGGUAAACUCCACUGGCUGUGACCGCAGCUCGCCGAUCUCGGCCAGAUAUGCUCCAGCUUGUAGGUCAUAUGUGAGCUGCAUGUACGUGGAUCUUCAUGGCGAAAAGAAUUUGUCACCGGAGGGACGUUCGACGGGACCUAGACCAACAUGCAUGACACCGGUGAAGGAAGCAGAGCAUAAUCAGGCGAUAAGCGCGACCACCCUGGCGGCCACGCUGACAACCGCGCGCCUCCGCCGGAGAGCUGUUUACGGUGUGGUCGUCCACCACUGUGCGUGUAGGUGCCAAGAGCGAAGAAGCACUGCACCUCCAUGA